AUGUCGACAUGUAAAUCCCUCCUGCGAAUAUGUCUUCGCCCACAGCAACCGUCCCUCCUCCCCAGGGUACACUGCCGCCAUGAAUCCACCACGCGGCGACACCAGAAACUCCUCGCCCUCCCCGAAGCACCGUCCUACACCUCCGACCGCUCUGCUCCGACGCUCAUUUUCAAUCCACCCAGCUCGGCACCCAAUGUAUACCACACACCGCUGAAGUUCUUACCCAAGGACGACAAGCGACGACAAUUAUACGCUGCGGCUCAACGUUACGCAACGACCACCGCGCAUCGAAGACAAACUUCGCCUGUUGCCAUGCCGGGGACACCGCUCUCCGCUCCCUCCUUCCUACCCCCCCGCCCCAGCGCAAGUUUACCUGCGCCGCUGCGCCAACCGUAUGAGAAGAGGUACCAUCUCACCGCGCAAGAGAUUGAGGAGAUUCGGCAGUUACGACUGAGCGACCCGGAUAAAUGGACUCGAGUGCGGCUGGCGGAGAAAUUCGGCUGCAGUCAGUUCUUCGUCGGCAUGAUUGUCAAGGUGCCUGAGAAGGCGGAGAAGGUCAGCGCGGAGCAUGAGGCUGCGAGGCGGAAGUGGGGACAGCGGAGGAGGACUGCGCGGGAGGAUCGGGAGAGGAGGAAGGUGCUUUGGGGGAGGGAUGCAUAG